UGGGAGCAGGAGUACAACUCCACUUUCGUGAGCGACAGCAAUGUCACUCACUGCGAGCAGAAUAAGAGCAGCCCGGCUUAUAUCAAACAGAAGGCAAGUGGCGGGGGAGGAAUGAUAAUUGUGAAUAAACUUGCAGCCAGGAGGUGCUGCCUCAGUAUAACCUCCUGUUUUAUAACCUUAGCCUUGUAGUUUUGUAACCUACCCCCACUUCACUGUCUCCUCGCUGUAAUGGUACGCUGUAGGUAAUGAUAGUGCUUUAAAGACAAAGAUUCGUCUCCGGGAAGAUGCUGGUUUUUAGCGGGAGUUGAGCACUCCUGGGACAUUACCCAGGGCACGGCUCCUCCUCCCACGAGCACUGUCCGUGUUGUGUUUGUGAGCCGCCCGUUGUCUCUGCGGCUCCUGCUGUUCUUUGUAACCAUCUGAAGUUCAGCAAAUGCCCUGUGGUUCUGAGGGGAUAGGAUCUAGCCUAAAAUACCUGUAUUCCAGAGGAAUUACAAGAAUGAGGAACAGGGCAAGUUAAAAUAAAUUUUUUUUGUGGUUUUAAAGCGUGGAAAAAAAUUAACUGAUCUUUGCAUGAUCAAAUACAGUUGAUGGUUUGCCGUUCAGAGUACUAGUCUGCCUUGUUGGAAUACAAGGAAUCAAGAUGACAGGAUCCCAUGGUCAGUUACAUUUUUAGCACUUUUCCAUAGUUCAGUGUGCUGGAUAGCUAAUUGUUGACUGGUACCUCUUCCAUUGCACUUCCAGUGCAGUUUUAAUGCUACCUGUAAGCAGAGCUAACUGUGAGCUGCCAGCAGAAGGGAUGGUCAUUCUCCAUUUACCUGUCCCCUCUCACAUCAUGUGUUGCAUCUCACAGUUCUGCAGUUACAGGUUAUGGUUCGGAUUUGAGUGGGGCACUGAUUCAACAGGAAGCUCAUCCCUUGUUUUGGGGUUGUUGCUUUUUGAAUGUUGUUUGUUUUUUUCUGAGGCAGUACACUGCUCUGGCACACUCAGUGGCCACAUGAUUUCAGUGUCUAACAUGGGAACAGCAGAGGGGACAUUUUUUCAGAAGAGGUGCAUACUUGUCAACAACAACUGGCAGUUGGGGUGGAUAAACUGAAAGAUAAAACCACCGUAGGGUCAGAAAAGUAAAUGAUUCACUGUAUAAAUUAUAUGGAAGUUGGGGUUACAGAAACAGUCAGCUGGCAUUCCCUUACACUGCUGAAAAAGUGGUACUUAAAAAUUUUUGCUCAUGUCCCAUAUUUGGAUCUCUGAUGUGCUGCAUAUGUGCAAGACUGAACGCCUGAGCUUGUCUGCCUCAUUUGUCAUAUAUGAAAGGAGAUUGUUAAUGGUACAUGCUUCCAGUGAAGGUGAUCAAAGAAAUAAUUCAGGACUUUUAAUGUGGCAUAUGUUCUUUGUCAUGUGACAGAAGCUGGUCUUAGUAAAAAGAAUGUUAAAUUAAAAAGAUCAAUAGACCUGUUCCAACAUGGCUUCUGGUCUGACCCAUGUUAUUUACCAGUUUUGACAUUUACAAAAAUUUGUUAAUUUUUGUUAAUUACCAGUCAUUUUCAGAGUAAUGCUUAUAUGUAACUCCCAAAAAGUUUUUCUUUCAUAUUAGCUCCCCAUUUGAUGCUGUGUCUGGCCAUUUGCUCUAAGCAUACAAUUCUAAUUGCAGAGCCUAUCAAGAAAUCUACAUUUCAAAUACAUCUUUGCAUUUUUCAACCCCCUCAAAUUCAACCUGAUUUUCAAAUUGCCAUCACCUAUGAUUCAAGAUAUAAGACUCCAUAUUUCUUUUUGCGAAACACUGAGGCAGAGUGCUUAAUUUUAUCUGAAGUUUUGAUAGCGUCUCUGAUAUGAUGGCAUAUUCACACUUUACAGGUCUCUUGUUUACAAAUUGUAGUUAAUUUGAUAUUUGAGAGCAUGAGUCCUUCAAGACAGCAGUUGAAUAAUGGCCAAUAGAACCUCUUAGUUUCCCUUUCCUGCCAAAUUUCCAUUCCCUGCAUUUCAGCGAUUGCCAGUCGGGCAUGAGCUUUUGAACAAUUGCACUCUUGUCUGGAUGCCUUGCUGCAUUUUUAUACUGCACUAGUUACCAUAGCGUAACAAUUUAAGUCCUCAAAACACUCACUAAUUUAAGUGCAAGUGGGCCUCUGUGCUGAGUAAUAGUCCUGUGUAUGGGUCAAAGAGUAGAUCCAGUAACUUAAUUCCAAAACCUUUUGCAAGGAAGUGUGAAGUAGGUGUUCCAGAUUUUCCAAGACCUUCCUAACUGAAUUAGGUUUAUAGAUGUUGUACUUUUUGCUGUGAGGCCCUGUUUGGCAUUAAUGUUUAAAAGAAUAUCUCUCUUAACAGUUAAUUUAGUGUAAGUCCUUGUGUUCUGAGAAUGAAGAAGCUUUAUACUAAUCUCACCUAUUUCAAAGCAUAAUGUAAAAGGAAAUUGAAGACAAAAAUCACUUGGACCCUGCAUAAAAGGAAGUUCAAGAAAAAGCCUCUGUUUUUAAUAUGCAGUUGGACUUAACUAGGGCCAUUCCCAGCCUUACAGUUGCCUUUGUCAUUGUAGCUAAUGGGGAUCGCCAGGGACACAAAAGGUCUUUAGUUUUACCAUCAAUGGGAGCUUUGAUUUCUGGUAUUAGCUUCACUGCAAUAUCAUAUUUUUCCUUGUCACUCUCUGUCCUAUUUGCAGUUGCAUUUAUUACUGGACUGUUUGGGAGUUUAGCAACUUUCCUUGGAGGAGGCUUUGCUUACAUAGCAGAGGAGUGUCAUGAUGAGAAGCAGAAAACGACACGAAUAGCUGUAGUGGAUUUGAUUUUUGGAGUUGUAUCUGGAUUGGCAGGACUGUCAUCUGGAUACUUUCUAAGAGGAAUAGGCUUUGCAUGGACAUUUGUGAUAGCAUCUCUGCUCCAUGUCAUUAAUAUCAUCUAUAUUUUAUUUUUCCUGGAAGAUACUGUAGGCGUAUCUCGACUCCAGCAUGAAGCACCAGUAUCCUGGAAAGAACUUCUUAGGGAGACAUUUUCUGGAGUGUACAUGCUAUUUAAAACUGCCCCUUAUAAAAAGAGAGUUUUAAUAAUUGUGUUACUUUUUACAUUUAUGACUUAUUUAUUUACUAUGCUGGGUGGGAGUUCACUUUUUACACUGUAUGAACUGGAUGAGCCGCUCUGCUGGAAUGAAGUAUACAUUGGAUAUGGAGCAGCUGCAUUCACUUCUGUCUCACUGACCAGCUUUUUAGGAGUUUACUUAUUUUCCAAAUGUCUCAAAGACAUUUAUAUUGUCUUUAUUGGGAUAUUUUCUUACAUUGGAGGAAUGAUCAUGGCUGCCUUUGCCAAAACUACUCUGCUCAUGUUUUUAGUGAGAGUGCCAUCUUUGUUCUGCUUUAUGCCUAUUCCUGUUCUCCGAUCCAUGCUGUCAAAAGUGGUUCUCACUGGUGAACAGGGUGCUGUGUUUGCUUGUAUUGCCUGUUUAGAAGUUGUGACCGGCACUAUGUCAAUUUCAGUUUUUAAUAUUAUCUAUGCAACUACUGUUGCAUGGUUUUCAGGCUUUAGCUUCCUCCUAUCAGCAGGCCUUUGUCUAAUUCCACUGUCUGUCCUGUGCUGGCUUCUGUGCACAAGCUGGAAUGGGGAGGACUUGGCUCUGCUGGUACCUGAAGAAGUAUCCAGCAUAGAAAGUGCUGACAGUUGAACAAAAGAUCCACAUACUCAGGAUGUCUAAUCUGACAUGCAGUGGCAGAGAUUGUUAUGUCACACAGAAACCACAGAGAUAACACAAUCUCCAAGUGGCCCUGCAGCAAUAAGCACUAAAUUGGUACCACUCAAUACCCAGUCUCUUUUUAGCACUUGACUAAAGCUAGCUCUUAACUGUGGAAAUAGGCUGGCAAUUGAGAUUAAUGCUGCUUCAGCAUGAAGGAAAAAAUAAGGUAGGAUGAUACUUUUUCCACUUUCUCAAGUUUGAGAAUGCUGCUGUGGAUUAUGGUACAUCUUGUAUCACUCUAAGUUGGGUGACAGAGACAAGCUUAGCAACCGAGGACUUUGGCAAUUUUGCUGAAGCCAUUGCAGCUUUUGCCAGCUGAGGAUUUGGUCUACUGUGUAUAUCUUGAAAGGCCUGUCUUAACACUGAAGCCCCCCAAACUGUCUAAAAUUCCUAAACUAAAAAAUAGGUUUUUUUCAGAAAGCAGACUGGAGGCAGUACUUACACCUGCCAUAAGUACACUUACUGUUCUGCAGCUAGCAGAGUGUUUAUGUCAGUUUAACAUGUGUGGACCUUGCCUGUGACUUAGUUCUUGAAAUGGAUUUUCACACUGUCAGGAAAUUUUCAUCUUGCAGAGUGUGAAGUUCAGCCUAAACCUACAUUUUACAGAGGCCAUAUUGCACAUUUAUCAUUUCCCAUAUAUUAAGGUCUGCGUACAGACACGUCUGUUUUGUCCCAGAGAUACUUGUUUUCUACUUAAGUUGGUACUUGGCUUAAAUGUUUCUUUUAGUGAACAGCUGUGAUAGCAUAUCUUAUCUGUAGUUCUUUAUUUUUUUAACAACCCUGAAAUGAGGUGAUGAAAUCAGAAUCAUGAAUUUAAUCAUCUUGCCACAAAUGCAGCAUAAUUUAUGAGCGCUUGAACAGCACUUCUCAUCUUCAAAGCAUUUUACAAAUGCUAUUCAAAACAUCCUUCCAUAAUAGAUACUAUCCUCUGUUGCAUAAAGAGAAAUUAACAGAAAGGACAAGUGACAUGAGACUGCCAAGCUUGGAAUCAGUUUAAGCACUGAUUCCUCACCUUCUCCCUUAAGAUCUUUAAGUGGAAAUUAUCCUGAGUAUUAGGUUCUGCAGAGCACAGCAGAAGUGUGAAUAUAACACCAUGUUAAGGACCACUCCCAUGUGUUUAUUUUGUUAAGAGUUUGACAGCCAAUACUGUUCUGAUCUCUCAAAGUUGUGUGUGACUCUUUCCCCCAAAACAGAUUAAGUAGAUAAAACAAAACAAUGUAAAGUGGUAGCCAUAUAGAGAAUGAAACCUCUAGGAAAGCAACUACGACUUCACAUGCACACAGCAUAGGAUAAAAAUGCAGACAUAGCAUGUGCUGUAUACUCAAUGAGCUACUUACAGCCACUGAUACCCAGCCUAUGAAUGGGGACUCCUGCAGAACUACUCAGUGGUACUCCACCAAAAAACAGGAAUACCAAAUCACAGUGAUACUUUUAUAGAUCCUUUAUAACUGAAUGGCUGCAUUCUUUCCAAGUUAUGUAUCGUGAUCACAGAGAAGCCUGGAAGAAGGUUCAAAUAAGUUAAAGAAAGCACUUAAGAGUAUUCAGGAGACCACUAUCUGCUCAUCACAGGUGAAAACAGGGCCAUUUAUCCAGGCCAGAGGGAAUGUGCUAACACCUCUAGCCAGCUCUUACAUUUCUGUCCUGAACUCACAAGAGUGAUGUUGGCAAUUAAAGAUCAUUAGCUUUCUCUCAGUAGUUUAGACAAGAGCCAGAAAAUAAAACUGCCUAAUGCCUUUGAGGUCCCCAAGCUACUGCCAACUUGUUGGAAACAUGAGCCAAGUUCUACAAUAACCAGUGGGUCCAAAACAUAAUGAGUACUUGUAGAGAGAUUAAAAAAACACUGAUGUAAAUGAUUUCAGCACAAACAUUACAUUGUCUUCCUUGCCUCUUUAUUAUGCAGUUAUGUAAGGCUUUAUGAAAUUAACUAUUUCACACAAAACUGCCUGGAAAUAAAAAAGCAAAUGCAGAAGGAAUGUGUACCUUCACUUGCUCUUCUUCAGUGCACACCUUUCCUAGCACUCAGAAGCUUACGCCGAAGUGAGCCACUUCCACAGUGGUGCUGUGUCAGUCUGAGGACAAGCAUGUACACCUCAGGAAUGGCUUCGUUACGAUUGAACUGCACAAAGUGUGCUGUUUGCAAAGUAUUUCUGGUAGAUGGAGCAUUUAGAACUGGCUAUAAAAUUAGGUUAAAAUACAUGGAGGAUAUGAACUGUGUUUUUAAAAUGCCUUGCACAGUGCAAGCUGAGGAAGCAAGUACUAAUACACAUUAAAUUAUUAAAGCAAA